AUUUCAUUGCGAUAUUUUUCAAACGAAGUCCUUUUUUAGUUUGAAAUUCUUGUAAAUAGUUUCUUCCAUUUCUGUAAAAUAUUUUUCGACUUGUAAAUAAAUAAUUAAAAUCCUCUUAGAUGAAAUUAUUUAGUUGUAAAAGUACCUAACCAACACUAACUCUACUCAACUUUUAUACUUUGUUUACUAUCUACUUCUUUGUCUCUAUUUCCAAAGAAAUUACUUUGUUCCAAUUGUCCUUUCUUCAUUCACUAAUUUUCCUUUGUUUUUUUCUCUUUCAUUUGCUGUGAGGUGGGGCAAAACGUUUGCAGUCGGAAGUCAGUCAUGGGUCGAGGAGGGGUCAUCAACGCAAUUUCUUUCAACCAAGAUUCCAGUUGCUUUGUAACAGCUGCAAGUACUGGAGUUAGAAUUUUCAACACAGAUCCACUAGUCAGCAAUCUCACUUUGCCUAAUGAUGUUGUUGGUGGGGUGGUAGUAGCAGAACUUCUAAACAAGACAAACAUUCUGGCUGUGGUCGGUGGAGGAGCUAACGCUAAGUUCCCAGAGAAUUCUGUGGUGCUGCUGGAUUGCUCAAUACCGUUAAAAAACAAAAAAACAGUUGACAUCAGGUUCAGCCAACCUGUACUUGCAGUUAAAAUAAAAGAAACAAAGCUGAUUGUGGUGCUGAGGAAUGAGAUCCACAUCUUCAGUUUCCCACACAGAAUAGAAAGGUCCUGUGUCUUCACAACAAGAGACAACCCCAGAGGCAUUUGUGAAGUUUGCAGCACACCAAAUUUCAAUCUCCUCGCAUUUCCCGGUCCGAAAUGUGGAUCUGUCCAACUCGUGGAUCUGAACCAAAGAGAAAAAACGCAGUCCACAUCUCCCAACCUUUUCUCCGCCCACGAUUCCGAGCUGGCUGCAAUUGCCAUUGAUAAUUCGGCCACCUUCAUCGCAACUGCUUCCAGAACAGGCACGUUAAUACGGAUUUUCAGUGCCAUUUCAAAAGAUAAAGUUGCAGAAUUUCGGAGGGGGCUGGACGGCGCCAUGAUAUACUGUCUGUCCUUCAGUAGCAACUCUGAUUUUCUGUGUUGUUCCAGUGACAAAUGCACCGUCCACAUAUUUGCAGUGCGAUGUACUAUGCUGAACAGGCAGUCCAUGUUCAAAAGCAUGGGCAGUCUUCUCGGAUCGUACGUUGAAUCUCAGUGGGGGUUUACUGGUUUCUCGGUGCCUGUCGAUUAUGCAAGUGUGUGUGCCUUCACUUCGGCCUCCUCCGUUGUUGCACUGAGCGCCAAUGGAUCAUAUAGUAAAUAUGAUUUCACCGUUGAUGGGGCGUGCAACAGGGAAGUUUAUGAUGUCUUUACAGAUCUAGAUGAUGAAAAUGAACUCUGAACACUACCACUGACGCUUUUCAAUUUUGAUUCGUAAUUCUGAUCAUCAUUUUUUUUCUCUUCAGACAGUUUAAACAACCAUUUAUUUUAAAUAUUUUUAUGUUUUAAAUUUUAUGUCUUACAUAUUCCUUGCGCAAUGUACAUAUUUUAUAUGUCAAUAUAUAUUUGAUUAUGAGCUGUAGAUAAAUGUACUCGUUAAUGUUUCUCUGUGUGCAUCUGUACACGCUCAUAUGUGUAAAGUGUAUUCAAGAAAUAGGCUUAUUUUGAAUCUACCUGUGCUGGCCGCCCACAAAGAAGCCUACAUUUGUGAGUACGCAUUUUUUCAUUUUAACCUGAUUUUCCAAGAAAUAUGAAUCUGUCUCAACAAUAUUUCAAUAGAAAUAAUAAAAUUUUGCGAGUUCA